AUGAAAGAAUAGAAUUCUUCCAAGAAAAAUCUACAAAAAAAGGAUAUAAGGCAAAAUUCACACACAUAUUUCUUCAUUUCAUUCCUUGGAAUACUUUUGUUAAAAUGGCGAAUGUUAUACCCUCUACUAUGGAAGAUCAAAGCAUCUUGUAUCCAUCUCUUCCAGCUAUCCUCUUCCUUGCCUUCAUGUUGGUGUUUCUGUCGAAAACACGACACAAGAACCUUUCUCCUAGCCCACCUUCUCUUUCCAUUAUCAGCCACCUUCAUCUCCUAAAAACCCCUACCCACCGUGCUCUACUCAAGCUCCCCCAAAAGUAUGGUCCAAUCAUUUCCCUAAAAUUGGGAUCCCAUUUUGCAGUGUUGGUCUCCUCGGCAUCGGUGGCUGAAGAAUGCUUCACCAAGAACGACAUCAUUUUGGCAAAGUGCCCCAAGUCACUCUUUGGAACUGAUACAUCUGCAAUGACAUUAGAGUGGGCAAUGGCUAAUUUACUAAACCACUCAAAAGUACUAAAGAAGGCUAGAGAAGAGAUAAACAGUCAACUUGGUGAUGAAAGGCUAGUUGAGGAAUCUGAUGCGAUGGAGCUCCAAUACCUUCAAAACAUAAUAUCGAAAACACUUCGGCUGUAUCCAGGAACCCCUCUUCUCAUCCGACAUUUAUCUUCCGCAGAUUGCAUCAUUAGGUUAGCCAAAAGAGUGGUGAGCUUGGCUUUAGGGUCAAUAAUUCAAUGCUUUGAGUGGGAGAGGGUGAGUGAGGGGAAAGUUAAUAUGACUGAAGGAAAGGGAGGAGCUACCAUGCCGAAAGCCCAGCCAUUAGAGGCAAUGUGUAAAGCUCGAUCAAUUGUGAAUAAGCUUCUUUGUGGAGUUGAAUAGUCAAUUUGAAGGAGCUUUAAGUAAUUAAUAUCAUUGUUUGUUGCAGUGAUUAAUGUUGCAGAAUGUAGAUAUAUAUUAUUAUUUCAUGUAGAAUAUUAGCUACGUUUUUAGUAAUCUUUCAUCCUACCAAACCCGAGAGACUUUUGAGUAGUAUCGCUUGCGGUAUAUAGUUUCAAUUUUUAUAGAACUAAAUUGCAUCUAUUCUG